AUGAGGUACCAUCUUGUAUACGCAUUUGCUGCUGUGGUGCCGCUCUGCGCAGCGGCCGAUAUCUACGUCUCCCCGUCCGGGUCAGAUACAGCUGCGGGAACGAUUGAGGCACCGCUUCUCUCGAUCCAAUCGGCUGUUGAUAAAGCGACGGCCGGGUCAACUAUUUAUCUUCGGGAGGGGACGUAUUCGCCGACGACGAAUAUCCAAAUCACGAAGAGUGGGACGGCGUCUGCGCCUUAUGUUCUGCGGGCUUAUGAAGGAGAAAAGGUCACGAUUGAUGGGGAGGAACUUCCAGGGACUCCGGCGGAGUUGGAUGGAUCGCUUGCGAAUGAGGACCGUGGAGUCCUGCACAUUCAAGAUGCCGAGUACUGGGAGUUCUAUGAUCUUGAAUUGAUCAAUGGACCGUAUGGGGUCUAUGCGCGUGAUUCUUCGAAUAAUCACUACGAGCGUAUUAUUACAAGGGAAAACUAUGAAACCGGCUUCCAGCUCGAAGGCGCGUCGUCUAACAACAGCGUCUACUACCUCGACUCGUACCUUAAUCGGGACCCGCGCAAGAACGGAGAGAGCGCCGACGGUUUUGCCUGCAAGGAGGGCUCUGGUGAGGGUAACGUGCUUCGAGGUGCAAGAUUGUGGAAUAAUGUUGAUGACGGAUUGGACCUCUGGGAAUUCAAGUCAGCCGUGACGAUUGAGGACACCAUUUCGUAUGGCAACGGAUACAACAGAUGGGACUUCUCUCCAUUCGAAGGCGACGGAAAUGGCUAUAAACUUGGUGGCGGCGACGAGGCUGACAUCGGGCCGGCCAACCACGUUAUCACCAACUGUAUCGCCUUCGGAAAUUCCAAGGACGGCUUCACCGAUAACUCGCAACCAGGUGACUUCACCCUGACCCGAAACACGGCCUGGAACAAUGCCAAGGUGGGCUUCAAGUUCGGCACGGCUGUUGCUACCUUGAGCCAAAAUAUCGCGGCCGCGAAUGGGGAGAGCCCGACCUCCUUGAGUGAGGAGCAGGUUUCCACAGGCAACUCAUGGGAUGGUAGCGAAACCUGGGAUAACAGUAGCUUUGUCUCUGUUGAUGCGACCUUGGUGCAAGGAGCGCGCAAUGCAGAUGGAACGAUUGAUCCUAGCGACUUCUUGUUGCCGAAGUCUGGGGAGGAAAUUGGUGCUACCACGGCUUGCUUGACCUGCCCAAUUGUUCAAUCCAACAUGACCCAAACCUCAGAAACGAAACCAUGGAUCCUCAAUGCCUUUGCCAUGUUUUCGCCAGGGCAUUUAUCACCUGGGCUAUGGAAGCAUCCAAAAGACCGCGCCGGUGAUUUUCUCGAUCUGUCGUAUUGGAUUGAGUUAGCGAAAGUUUUAGAGAAAGGCAAAUUCCACGGCCUGUUUCUGGCCGACCAUCUUGGGAUCUACGAUGUGUAUAAAGGUCCAGGGAAUCGCGAACCUGCGUUGUUAUCGGGGGCGCAAUUCCCUAUCGGGGAUCCAUUCCUCCUAAUCUCAGCAAUGGCCUCCGUAACCACAUCCCUCUCCUUCGGCAUAACCGCAUCCACAACCUACGAAACCUCGCCAUACGCACUGGCUCGCAAAUUCUCCACAUUAGACCAUCUCACGCGCGGCCGGGUGGGGUGGAACAUCGUCACCUCGUUUCUGGACAGUGCAGCGAAGGCAUACGGGAUGGACGAGCAGAUCCCUCACGACGAACGAUAUGCGCGAGCAGACGAGUAUAUGGAGCUUACAUACAAGCUGUGGGAAGGGACAUGGCGCGAUGGGGCUGUGGUCAAGGACCCCAAGACCGGGGUUUACAGUGAUCCUAACCAGGUGCGUGCUAUUGAGCAUUAUGGAAAGUAUUUCAAGAGUACCGCUGCGAGCCAGUUGCCGGCUUCGAGGCAGAGGACGCCGUUGCUUUUCCAGGCGGGCGCUUCGUCCGCUGGUAAGCGAUUCGCUGCUAAGCAUUCCGAGGUGAUGUUCCUACCUGGUCUGGAGCCGGAGAAGACCAAGGCCGUGGUGGAUGAUAUGCGAAAGCAACUAGCGGAAGUAGGCCGCCCACCAGACAGCAUCAAGUUCAUCGCCGGUAUCCUCGUGAUCGUCGACGAGACUGACGAGAAGGCCCAAGCCAAAUACGAAGAGUAUCUGGCCCAAUCUGAUCUCGAAGGUGUGGCAACGCUCUUCGGCGGCUGGACCAGCAACGAUCUAUCCAAGUUCGACGACGACGAAGACUUCUCUUUCACUGCUGUUGGCGGAAUCCAGUCUUUGAUCUCGAGUUGGUCGAAAACUGUUCCCAACUCUAACGGGCUGAAGUGGACGAAACGUCGCGUUUUGCAGGAAUUGGCGCUCGGUGGAGCCCAUCCUCGGGCUAUUGGGUCUCCCAGUACGGUUGCAGAUAUUCUGCAGAGGUGGGUCGAUGUGGCCGGUGUGGAUGGGUUUAAUUUCUCCUAUGCGGUUUCUCCGGGCACGUUUGAGGAUAUGAUUGAGUAUUUGUUUCCGGAGUUGAGGAGAGGCGUUAUUUGGGAUGAUUAUGAGGUGAAGGGUGGGUCGGCCAGAGAGAAUUACUUUCAGGAUGGACUUGGGUCGAGGCUGCGUGAGGGUCAUCCGGGGAGGGAGUAUGCGUGGAACUGA